AUUUAUCCAUCUACAAUUUUGUUCUUGCUCGAUCUGUGUCCCAAACAUUGAGGGGUAAAAAGGAAUUGGAGUCUCAUCCACGACCACGACUCUACUAGGCCUAUAAUUAAUGACUUUGUGACAUUAUAAUUCUUGGAUUUCAUCUGCAAUUUAACUAUUAUUUUGCCAUGAAGAGAUCGUCGUAUCGGUUCGGAGGAGAAGCCGGGAUCGAUAGCAUCGACAUGGCCGGCAUCCUCAUGCUCUUAUCUCGCGGCGGCGGCGGCGGUGGCGGCGAAGGAGGGGCCGGCGACGAGAGUCGCGUGUUCGAGUGCAAGACGUGCAGCCGCCGGUUCCCGUCGUACCAGGCGCUGGGGGGCCACCGCGCGAGCCACAAGAAGCCGCGGCUGGUCGCCGCAGGCGACGAGGCGGAGAAGCCGAGGAGCCACGAGUGCUCCGUCUGCGGGCUCGAGUUCGCCGUCGGCCAGGCGCUGGGCGGACACAUGCGACGCCACAGGGUGCCGUCGUCGUCGUUGUUUGAGCGCGGCGCGGAGGCGGCGGCGGUGGAGCGGGAAGGGAUGAGGGGAGUGGUCUUGGACUUGAACUUGCCGGCGCCGCUGGAGAACAGCGUCGUCGAUCUCAAACUGGGGUUGGGAUUAACAACAAAUUUGGUGGAGAGUGUUGAUAAUUAACAACGAAUCCGCCUGGCUAUCUUCCUAAUGCAAUAACUCUUGCUAAAAGAAAUGCAGCUAAUAGAUGAGUACUCCCUCCUUGUACAAUGCAUCGAGACUAUAAACUGAGUAAACAUGGAACAGCUUUUAAUUUAUUAUGAACUCAAAUGAUGGAUACAACGAGCUAGUUCUUGCCAA